AUGCCAGCUGUCUCAAACGGGCCUCGUAAAGUUAAAAGACAUAGGGCCAAAAAACAGAACCCAGACCCUACUACGCCGUUGGGAGUGCUACUGAAUCAUGAGAUCCCAGAAAUAUGCAAAGAGCACAAUCUGACCCUUGAACAGGUGUCCAACCCUUUGAACAAAAUUCUGAAUAAUACAGACUUGCGCGCAAAAUACAAUAGAGUGGUGGAAUCUGUCAAAAUUCUGAGAUAUUCCUCCAACGGCGAAGGACUGGCAUUGCUACCACAUCCAGAAAUACCAGAUGGCAAGCAAAUUGCAGUGGUUCCGUUCGCGAUGCCAGAAGAUAUUGUCACUAUUCGUGUGUUCACUACCAAAGACACCCAUGUAGACGCCGAUUUGCUCAAAAUUGAAAGCCCCUCGCGCCUUAGAAAACAGGACCUUAUCAGAUGCCAAUAUUUUGGAGCCUGUUCCGGGUGUCAGUACCAACCGAUCGAAUAUGAAGACCAGCUUAUUUUCAAACGCCAAACCAUAAUCAACGCAUAUAGAUACUUUGCGCCAAGGCUGACAUCCAUGGGUAAAUUGCCAGAGGUGGGAGCAACUGUUGCGAGUCCGCUCAAGUAUGGUUACCGCACGAAAUUGACUCCUCAUUACCAAUUCAGCCGCCACCAAGAUCCUUCAGUCAGUCCUAAUUUUGGAUUUGGUUCUAAAGGACGUCCGUCUUGGAGAGACGUGCCAAAAAGAGAGUACCCCGGUGAAGUCAUGGACAUCGAGGAUUGCAUAAUAGGAACAGAUAUUGUUAGACAGGGAUUGAAGAAUGAGCGUGCUCGGCUCGAAAAGCUAAUUCAAUCCGGACAAGUGAAGCACAAGGGGGCUACUGUUUUGCUCAGAGAAGACACUAGACGUAAUCGAGAGGAGUUAAAGGGCUCUAGAACUGAGGACGGGACGCUUUCCAUUAUAGAGCAAGAUGACGUUUUCAAGACCUGUGUUACCGACAACAACGCCAUUGUGAGUGAGUAUGUGAAUGGUUUGCGGUUUGAUUUCGUGGCCAAUGAAUUCUUCCAGAAUAAUAACUCAAUCUUGCCGAAAGUCCUAGACUAUGUCAAAUCUAACCUUGCAUUGGACGAGUCGGGUGACAGUUACCUGGUCGACGCGUAUUGUGGAUCUGGUCUGUUCAGCAUCUCUUGUGCGUCGUCUGUGCGCAAAUCGUUGGGCGUGGAGAUCUCUGCUCACUCGAUUAAAUUUGCCCAGAGAAAUGUGGAGCUGAACGAUAUUCAUAACUGCGAGUUCAUCGAGGGAAAGGCUGAAAAGCUUUUUGAGAAGAUCGACUUCCCUAAGGACAAAACGUCUGUGAUUUUAGACCCUCCACGAAAAGGAUGCGAUGAAGUUUUCCUGAGGCAGCUUGCAGAAUUCUAUCCGAAAAGAAUUGUUUACGUUUCUUGCAAUGUUCACUCGCAAGCCAGAGAUGUGGAAUACUUUCUCACGGAAACACAGAAGGGCAAGGACUAUAAAGUGGAAAGCAUUAUUGGGUUCGACUUCUUUCCGCAGACGCAUCACGUCGAAGGCGUGGCAGUUUUGAGCCGUGCUACUAGUUAA